AUGACAUCUCCUGAAGCUAUCACGUCAUCAUCAUUGUUCUUUUCCAAUACUCGAAGGGCAUCAAUACAAUCAACAUCCCUCGAUUCCACGUCAUCAGCAACCACCGCCUACAGAUUCCCUUUCCGACGUUCGUCACCCAGAACGUCGGGAAGCGUGGCGGGAAGUAUGGCACAACGUUCGUCCACCUCCCGUUCGUUUCAAAUCUCAAACCCCACCCUAAUAUCGCCCGCUCCGACAGUUGCUACGAGGGAUCUUCCUGGCGCACCUUCAGUUUCAGCUCAAAUCAAACCUGAACAUAUCAGUAACUCCACCGCCACACGUUCAGAUGAAUCCGGAAUCGGGUUGUCAGGCGACCUGGUGUCUGCUCCAAAAACACCUCCGUCGUCGGCUCGGAAACAAGACAUCAGAACGAAGAUGAAGGACAUAUCCGCAUCGUACGCACCGUCCACGCCUCACCAUACAACUCCCGAACUUGCGUUGCCCACCCAAUCACAGUUGAUUCGUGCUGCCGCUCUCCCUCUCAUCACUGAAUCUGGGGUGCGGAUAUCCUUUGGAUCUUUGUUUACCCGGAUUGGUGCUGCUGUGAUAGUGAUUUUUAUCAGACACUUCUGGUGUCCGUUCGAUCAGGAUUACGUUCAAAAUCUCGUCGACGUGGUGAGGAUUAACCACGGGAUCGACGAUUUGAUCGAUGAUGUACAGCUGGUGAUUAUUAGCAAUGGCUCUCAUACCCUGAUCACCAAGUAUAGGCAGAUAUUCAAGAUGCCGAAACGGGUGGAAGUGUUCACGGAUCCAACGCUACACCUCUAUGAGGCGCUGGGGAUGCGAAUGGUUGGGGAGACGACGUCAAGGUCGGUGUCGAAUCAUGCGGGUGCAUCGACAUAUGUGAAGCGUGGGAUGCUUGGUGGGAUGGCGACGGUGGUGAUGCGUGCGUUGAAGGUGGGUAUGCCACUUUGGGAGAAAGGCGGAGAGAGUAAGCAGCUUGGUGGAGAGUUUGUGUUUGUGAAUGGCGAUUCAUGUAUCUUCGCCCAUCGCAUGCAAACGAAACACGAUCAUGUUCCCGUUGCCGACAUUUUUCGGAUUGCGGCGUCGAUAAUGCCUAAAGGAUCUCCAUCGCCAACUCCUCCGCCAGAGCCAGAGCCUCUUGCGAAAGCCGAGGUGUCGGAAGGCCCAAGCGCUCCAGGCCCUACUUCUCAACGACUGGAAUUUAGAAUAUCGAAUCAUCCCUACGUGUACCACUCUCAUACACUCCCAGUUUCAUCUUCACCCUCUAAACACCUUCGACGUAGAACCGCGAGUCUCACGUCUAGUGAUGUACGGUUCAGAGCCGCUGCACGAAAAGCUAGAGUCAGAGCUAGUACUAUCUGGACAAUGGAUGUGAAAGGGUAUGAUUACGCUGGAGAUGGGAAUGUGCACGAGGAGGGUGUAGAGGAGAGUGAGUCUGAACGGUGGAAGAGGAAUUUGUUAUCUUUGAGGGCGGAGAAGGCUGGUGAAGCAAAUAUUGAAAAGGUCUCGACGCAGGAGCAGUUAGAGGUGAACGUCUGA